UUUAUUCACUUCCUAGGAGCGACAUUUUCGGAGGCAUUUUAAGGUGGAACCAAACAUACUUCCGUUUGUUAUUCAACGAGACCUUGGCAAGGGGCCUGGAUUGUGCGACCAGACAUCAUGACACUUUUUCACUUUGGAAACUGCUUUGCCCUGGCAUAUUUCCCUUAUUUCAUAACAUACAAGUGCAGUGGCUUAUCAGAGUACAAUGCCUUCUGGAGAUGUGUCCAGGCUGGAGCCACAUAUCUGUUUGUCCAGCUCUGUAAAAUGCUGUUCCUAGCUACAUUUUUCCCAACCUGGGAAGGAGGAGCUGGAGUUUAUGACUUUGUCGGUGAAUUUAUGAAGGCUACAGUGGACCUGGCAGACCUGUUGGGCCUCCAUCUUGUGAUGUCUCGUAAUGCUGGUAAAGGAGAGUACAAGAUCAUGGUGGCUGCCAUGGGCUGGGCAACAGCAGAACUUGUCAUGUCUAGGUGUCUUCCUCUGUGGGUGGGAGCCAGAGGGAUUGAGUUUGACUGGAAAUACAUUCAGAUGAGCUUUGACUCUAACAUCAGUUUGGUCCACUAUAUUGCCAUGGCCGCAGUGGUGUGGAUGUUUACACGUUAUGACCUUCCUAAGAGCUUCAGGCUGCCUGUCACUGUUCUGCUGGCUCUGUGUGUCUAUAAGGCCUUCUUAAUGGAGUUGUUUGUCCAUGUCUUCCUGCUGGGCAGUUGGACCGUGUUGCUGAUCAAAGCCGUGCUGACUGGCGCCAUUUCUCUCUGCUCUCUGUUUCUCUUUGUCACUCUGGUCCACAGCAACUAAGUAAACCUCAACACCCUGAAAGAAAUCUUCAUCAGUCUUUUAAGUCCAGGUUGAACCAGGUUUGUCUGAAUCAGAAGUGAAGCCCCGACACCAUACUACACCAAAGACUGCUGAAAGUUGCUCGUUGAUAUUGGGUAGUUAAAAUCUGACUGAUCUACUGGUAAACUAACCAGUUCCACCUCCAGUUGUUUUGAUCAGUCUGUUGGGACCAUUGAUGGGAAACACUCAGGGCAGUUAAACUGCAGCAUGAGUGGUGACAUUAGGAAGCUUCUGAGAUGCCAUUAACUAACCUAAGCUGUGUUGGUUUUGUGAAAAGGUGAAUUCUGUAUCAUAAAUAACAUUUCUUUUCUGUGUAUUGUCCAAUGAGCCAGUGUAAAUGCUUAGAUUUAGUAGUGAAUGGAUUAAUAAGUGGAUGAGAGUGAUGCUCACUGUGUGGCCACAAACUUCUCAAUUUAUUUAUAUCCAUGUAAAUGUUGCAAGUAGUUGAAACAUGACUGUAGCAAGAUUUUUAUAAUUACUGAAGAAACUGUAGUAAAGAAAUAAGUGAAAACCCUGAAUGAGGGCCGCAGACAGGAAGUGAUCUUGGUACUUUGCUUUCAGAGUAAACCUGAAUAAACAGGAGAACACACAAAAGGAACUAGUAAAAGACUAUUCAGGCAGCUAAAAUAAAUUAGAUUUAUCAUAGAUGCCUGCUCUGCAGAUUUAUUCUGCCACCGCUUUACACAGCACACUUCCUCUGUUGUUCCACCUUGUGUUUUCUCCUGUCACCCCCUUUUCUGGUAGUUGCUGCUUGGAAUUCUUAUCUGGGACUUCUGGAGACGAACACAGCUCUCCUUAUUGAAAUGCCACAAAGGGCUUUGCUGUUACCUAACACACAUGCACACUACUUUCUCUGUUUAUACAUUAUAGCUGCUUGAUAGGGACGAGGCAGUGAUGCACUGGCGUUAGCUUGACCUUGUGGAUUCCGGUGAGAAUUAGAGGUGUGUGAGCAUAACAUCAGGGUGGUACUGACACUGGUCCAUGUAGGUUAAUUUACUCUUUGCAAGAUUAAUAGUGUGGUCAGAAUGGGCCGGGCUCGCUGGACUUGGGACCACCAAUGCAUUAUCAUGGAAUCACUGCAACCUUCUGUGUGAAGGUGUAGAUGCAGCUCUUCAGUCACAUCUUGGAUACCCAGGGUCACAGGUGGAAAGUAACUGAGUACAUUUACUAAAGUACUGUACUUAAGUACAGU